AUUAAUUUGUAAUUCUAAAUUGGAUACUUUAUAAACCUUUGUACAUGUAUGUGAACAUGGUCGAAAAUUGAAAGAAAGAUUUUUGAUAUCCUGAUGGCCAGCAGAGGACCAACAGAUGACAUUGAAGCUGCUCCACCAUACGAACCACCUAACAGAUUUUCAAACAUUCACCAUGGAGCAGGUCCAAGUGAUUUCGGGAGGGGUUCACAUCCCGCCCCUAAUAACUUUUUGUUCAACAGAGCUACAUAUCCAGAACUUCCAGGUUUUUAUGAUGAAUAUGGACAUGAUCAAUUCCAGAUGAUGGAAUUGAAUUCGAAGCAUAAAGCAAAAAUGAGACGUCAGCUUCGUCAACAUAAUACAACGGAACUGGCGACGGUACGAACAAGAAGUUCCGGCAGUAAACUUGGACUAAUUUUCUUCUUUGUGUUAUCUCUUGUGAUUGUUGGAGGUUUUGUAGCUCUUGUCUUUUAUGUUAUCUCUUCCCGUAGUUGAUUUUAAAGAACAAAACUACACGGAAUCGAACCAUGUAUUAUAUUUUUUUAUUUUUCCUAAAAACAUGAAA